AUGGCUAACUCGUCUGGUUUUUCAAACCUUCUUCGUAGUCAAAUUCCAGUAGACCUUGAUUCACCCGAACCUUUUUGGUUCGGGUCCCAAGUUCCUGAUGAGUCUCCUAGCCAAGUUCCUGAAGAGUCUGGUGUUAAGGAGAGGAGGAAAUAUUCUCCCAGAGAGGAUAAGAUCCUUAUUGGUGCUUGGCUUAACACCAGUAAGGACCCUGUCGUCGGCAAUGAGCAGAAAGCUGGUGCUUUCUGGAAGCGUAUUGUAGAGUACUACAACGCAAGCCCUCACCUCGUUGGGCAAAUACCGAGGGAGAUUACUUCUUGCAAGCAGAGGUGGGCUAGGAUCAACGAGCAAGUAUCCAAGUUUACUGGAUGCUAUGAUGCGGCUCUGAGGGAGCAGAGAAGUGGCCAAAAUGAUGAUGAUGUGAUGAAAGCUGCCUUAGACAUAUUCUUCAUCAAGUACGGCUACAAGUUCACCCUGGAUCACUGUUGGAGGGAGCUGAGGCAUGACCAGAAAUGGUCGUCCACCUAUGUGGCUAAGGAUGGUGGAAAGGAAAAGCGGAGGCAAGGAAAAGCGGAGGCAAGUGUUGGGGGUUGA